GGUUCUGCUGCGGCGCUCCUCUCGUGGCUGAGGAGAACUGCGACGUCUACCGGCGCGGAGAACUGGACACACGGGUAGUUUUGCCCUAGUUUACCGAGGUGGACACGUCAAAUACCAAAACAGCAGAAACAUGAGAAAAACUGCACUGAGGAGAAUGCAGAGAGUGCACACGGUGGGGACAACAAUCUCUGUGACCAUCUCCAUGUGGCUGAUCAGUGGAUCUGGAGAUAAACAACUAGAUCACUGCCGGCUGUGCUGCCGGUGGGAAGAGAAGUCAGCAACAGUUACACUAACCUGCCGCAAGGAGCUGGUUACUUGAGGUGCAUGUUUCCAGUGCCUUUCUUUUCCAGCUUUCAAUCUGUGCAUAUCAAUACACAGACAGACUACAGAGAGAGCAGCAGAAAGAGUAUGAGCAUUCUAGCACUCCCUGUUUCUAUGUACCUGCUGUAUUUAAGGACCAUCUUAGUGGCCACCACGAGCUGACAUGAACAUCUUUACUAAGGUCCCCGGACUAGCCAAACAAACCAGCAAGCUGGGGUCUGUGCUCCAACGUGCCUUCUACGGGUCCAGUGGGAGGGUGACCCUUUUCGAGCAGAGGAACUUUGCAGGUCGGCGACUGGACCUGACCUCUGACUGUCAGAAAUUGAGCGAAAAAAACUUUCCCGACAGAUGCAACUCUGUCCAGGUGGAGAGUGGAGCAUGGGUGGCAUAUGAACAUGAGAACUUCCGUGGACGUCAGUACCUGUGGGACAUGUUUGACAAGGGGGAGUACAACUGCACUGAUAGGUGGUGUGCUCAGGGUGACCACAUCUCCUCUGUCCGUGCUGUGAAACAAGAUAACAACCCUCCCCGUGCACAGCUGUUUGAGAGGGCAGGUUUCUCAGGUAAGAAGACAGAGCUCCAAGAUGACAUCCCCAACCUGAUGAGCCGUUACAGCCUUAGCAGAGUGUCCUCCAUCAGAGUAAUGGGCGGAACCUGGGUGGCGUACCAGGAGCCUAACUACAGAGGGGCACAUUACACCCUGGAGAAGAAGGACUACAACAACUUCUCUGACUGGGGUGCUCAAAACAGCACCAUUGGCUCAAUUCGCCGUAUCCGCUUCAGCUAAACAAAACCCCCUGAAAAACACCCACAUCUGUCAGCUCUUUAUACAAACAAUAUGCCAGCUAUAAGUGACACAAACCCCACAGAAGACCUAUUUUAGUAAUAAACUGAUGAAAAAGACAAAGAUUGUUGUUUGUGCUUAAGUUACCAUACAGGAACUACAUAAUUUAUUAGGUAUCAUAAAGAUGAAAAGUUCUUCCAACAGCUCAGAAUAAGUGUUGUGUCGCCCUCUGGUGGUAAAACACACUUGUGCAAUUUCAGCCUGUCUGGUCUAUAAUGUUACCUGGUAUGCCAGAGCAACCACCAUCUUAAGAUAGUCUUGUAGCACAGCUCCAGGAUUGUUCCCAGGAUGCUACAGCACUGUUUGGUCCUGCCCUGAUGGGAUGAGGGGAUGCUUAUAGGAACUGUGAGCUCACGGCUUUGCCCUCUCUUCUAUGAUCCGAAUCCUUUAAAGAGCAGCUGUGGAGCUCAUCUGUGUAUAUUUGAGCAUACGUUGAGGAAUUCACACGGGCUUUAGCUCUGUGUUGGACUGACAGACACAUGCUGUCGUGCUCUCUAAAGGCCGGUGAGGUAUUUCUGUGGGUCGUGGGAGUAGCAGUUGCUGUGCCCCUGUCGUGCCGAUGACAUUGUGCUACAUCUCUCUCACGGUCACCGCAGCAGCCUGGAGGUACCCACCAGUGUAGACACAGCGGAGGGGUAGAACGAAUGCAAACUGGUUUAGGAUGAUGCAGAGAAGGAAGUACAGGGAAUGAGAGAGAUUUAUGUGAUAAGAAACAAAACCAUUAUGUUAACCACUGACACUUUAUUCAUUCUAUAAAACUAGUGUUACAGCUAGUAUUGUGCCCAUUAGUGCUGAUUUCACUGUUACCACUGCUGUUGCUCCUAUACUAUAGUAGCACAUGACCAUGUUUCCCUAGAAUUUGGGAAAAAAUAAAUCCAAUUAUGUACAGUGAGACAGGAGUGAAAUUAUAAUAUAAUAUUGUUACUUUUGUAAUAUAAAUGAAUAUAUUAUAUAAGUGAACAGCAAAAACAACUUGAUAUUUCACAGAGAUUCUGCUGAUUUGAAACAAU